AUGUCUGUCUUCCGCAGCAUCAUGCGCACAAGCGCAACCACCAUCCGCCCUCUUCACAUGACAGCACGCAGACAAAUGGCCUACAAGCACGACCAGGACCGCGAGUCACUCCAACCUACAGCAAAUGAAAACACAAAGUCUGGAACCGACGACCAGAUGGCGUCUGAGCAUGCCGAUGUUGCCUUUGACCCCAACACGACACGGCCCGAGGAGGCGGCUGAGAAGACGAGGAAGAAGACCAAGUCCAAAGGUUCCGAGGGAGAGGAUGCCCUGCAUGCGAGCGGGGCAAACCAGGAGAUCAGCAAGCCUAUGGGCGAUGAGAAGACCAUCAAGACCAAGGGAGCUGGCGAGGAAAUCUCGAAGGGAGGAUCCAGUGGAAGUGGAAGUGCGCCAAAGAAGGGUGAUCUGCCCAAGUCCAAGUAG